GCCCGAUUCCAAGAUGGUGGCGCCACGGCUUCGAUCUCAUUGGGGGUAAAUGGCCAGCGGCCCCGCCCCUUGCCAGUUUCACACAUGGCCGCCAUGAGCCUCCUGCUCCGGGCCGCGGCCGCUCUGGGGACUCGCAAGGUCCUGUUAAGGGCGGCAGGCGGGGGACGCGCCUCCUUGCUGGGCAGAAAUGUCGUGUCCUCCGGCAUCAUCGCUCCAGUACGACAUGGAAGCCAUGGGAAAAGAAUGUUUGUCAUCACGCCAACAGAUUUCUAUGAUAAACGAUUUCUGAGCUUGCUGAGAUUCUAUAUAUUAUUGCCUGGGAUACCAAUAGCAGUACUUAUAACGUAUGUCAACAUCUUCAUUGGUGAAGCUGAACUUGCAGAGAUUCCGGAAGGUUAUGUUCCAGAGCACUGGGAAUAUUACAAACAUCCUAUAACUAGGUGGAUUGCUCGUUAUCUCCUUGACUCUCCUGAAAAGGAAUAUGAAAAAAUGUUGGCCAUAGUUGAUAGUGAAGCUAAAAAAGCUGACCUAAGGCUGAAGGAAUUGGAGGCACGUCGACUAAUGAGAGAGAGGGGAGAUGGGCCCUGGUAUCACUAUGAGACCCCUGAUAAAAAUCUUAUUGAUUAUUCUGCUAAAGCAACUCCUGACAAUUAAGUAGUUAAUACACUGUUUCAGAAGGGCACCCACAAAUAGCGACUGAAUAAUGUAAUGUGUAUCCUGUUGUUACUUGCUGACUUAAAUAAAAGUUUCUAUUUCAGUA